UUUAUCAAGUGUGUACAAUAAAUAAGUGAUUUUUUUUUAUUUUUAUUAGUCAUUAUUUAUUGAUAUUAUUGUUGUUUAUUUUUUUGAAUUAUUACUGGUUAAUAAGGGGGGAAAAAGUGGGGGGGCAGGGUAAAAUAAAGUUAAGUCGAGUUUUAUUUUAUUUUUUUUAUUUUCAUUGAAGUUAUUGAGGAAUAUUAUUAAAAUGCCAAGUGAUAUUUGUGGAUAUGCACUUUUUCUACUGCUACUUGUUCCCUACAUCGAAAGUGCACGACAAUUGAACGAGUACAUACGUCACUAUGAGCCAUUGUCAUAUUCAACUGAAAAAUUACACUCAAAUCAUAUGAGAGCUAAGCGUUCCACAUCACGUGAUAAUUCAAUUAAUUUAAAAUUUCGUGCACAUGGAAAAGAUUUUCAUAUACGAUUGAAAAGAGAUACAAGUACUUUUAGUGAUAAUCUUAUUGUUGAAGGACCAUCUGGUGACAUUGAAGAAGUUGAUGUCUCAAAUCAAUAUUCUGGAAGUAUUGUUGAUGAACAUAAAAGUGAAGUAUUUGGAAGUAUAAUUGAUGGAAUAUUUGAGGGUAAUAUUCAUUCUGGGGACAAUGGAACAUACUACGUUGAAAAAGCAUACAAAUAUUUUCCUCGACAUUUGGUAAAUGAAUCACAUCAUUCAGUUAUCUAUCAUGAAAAUGAUAUAAUUGAUCCUUUUGCUGAUCGACGACAAGGUGGACCAAGUGGAUGUGGUCUCAAUCAAGAUACUGUUGAUUGGAUGAAUAGAGUACAAAAUUCUGGUGAUUCUGAUACACCACCACCUCCAUCGCCAGCUUCAUCACAAAAAAAAUCAACUUUAACAGGAAAAUUUGGUGUACCAAGAACAAAUACAAAUCCAUGGUCAGCUAAUAUGGAAAAUCCAAGUCAUAAAUAUACAAGAGCUGCUAAUAAUCAUCGUACACGUCGUGCAACAAGACCAAAAGAAGAAAAUAGAAAUACAUGCUCAUUAUUUAUUCAAACUGAUCCAUUUCUUUGGCGUAAAUUAUCUGAAGAAUUUCAUAAAGAUGCUGAAAAAAUACGUGAAGAAAUAUUAUCAUUAAUAGCACAUCAUGUUACAGCUGUUAAUUAUAUUUAUCGUGAUACAAGAUUUGAUGGUGCAAUUGAGCAUAGAAAUAUAAAAUUUGAAGUACAAAGAAUUAAAAUUGAUAAUGAUACAUGUUUAUCACAUGAAUAUGAACAUGGACGUGAACGUCCAAAUGUUUUUUGUAUGGAACAUAUUGAUGUUAGUAAUUUUUUAAAUCAACAUUCACUUGGUAAUCAUGAAGAUUUUUGUUUAGCAUAUGUAUUUACAUAUCGUGAUUUUACUGGUGGUACAUUGGGUCUAGCAUGGGUUGCAUCAGCAUCUGGUGCAUCUGGUGGUAUUUGUGAAAAAUAUAAAACAUAUACUGAAACAAUUGAAGGAAUGUAUCAAUCAACAAAACGUUCAUUAAAUACUGGUAUUAUAACAUUUGUUAAUUAUAAUUCACGUGUACCACCAAAAGUAUCACAGCUAACAUUGGCACAUGAAAUUGGACAUAAUUUUGGUUCACCACAUGAUUUUCCAAUUGAAUGUCGUCCAGGUGGUCUUAAUGGUAAUUUCAUUAUGUUUGCAUCAGCAACAAGUGGUGAUCGUCCAAAUAAUUCACAAUUUUCACGUUGUUCAAUAAGUAAUAUUAGCAAUGUACUUGAUGCAAUGGAAACUGGCAAAAAACGUAAUUGUUUUUCUGUAUCACGUGGUGCAUUUUGUGGUAAUAAAAUUGUUGAAGAUGGUGAAGAAUGUGAUUGUGGUUAUGAUUAUAAUGAAUGUGCUGAUAAAUGUUGUUAUCCAAGACAAAUAUCUGAAUAUGAUAGAAAUCAAAAUAAUUCAGCGAAGGGUUGUAGUAGACGUAUUGGUACACAGUGUAGUCCAAGUCAAGGACCAUGUUGUUCAAGUGAUACAUGUCAAUUUGUACCAGCAAAAUUACAUAUGGAAUGUAAAAGUCAACAAGAAUGUAGUUAUAGUUCAACGUGUAAUGGUAAAUCAUCUGAAUGUCCACAGGCAUUACCACGUGCUAAUAAAACACGUUGUAAUGAAGGUACAAAAUUAUGUAUUGAUGGUGAUUGUAAUGGUUCAAUAUGUUUAGAAUGGAAUUUAAAUGAAUGUUCAUUAACAAGUAGUAUUAUACCAAAUAUUGAUAAAAGAAGUUUAUGUGAACUUGCAUGUCAAAAUGGUACUGAUGUAUCAACAUGUAGAUCAACACGUGAAUUUGCUGAUGUUGUUGGUUUACCAGUUGGUGGUAUUAAUUUAAGACCUGGUUCACCGUGUGAUAAUUUCCAAGGUUAUUGUGAUGUUUUUCUUAAAUGUCGAGCUGUUGAUGCUGAAGGACCAUUAGCUAGAUUAAAAAAUAUGUUAUUUAAUAAAGAAACAUUAUUAACACUUGCACAAUGGAUGACUGAAAAUUGGUGGGCGUGUUUACUCAUGGGUAUAUCAUUUAUUAUUUUUAUGGGUAUAUUUAUAAAAUGUUGUGCUGUUCAUACACCCUCGAGUAAUCCUAAAAAACCACCAGCAAGAAGAAUAAGUGAUACAUUAAGACGGCCUAUGAAUACUCUAAGAAGAAUGCGUCAUCCACAUGGUGGUGCUGUUAGAGAAGGAGGUGGAGGAGCAGGUGGUGGUCGUGGUGGUGGUGGUGGUGUAAGAGAAGGAGGUGGUGGACAUCAUCAUCAUCAUCAUCCGCAAGGUUCACGAAGUGUACCACCUCAACAACAACCAGUUAGAAGCCAUGGAAGUAGAGGACCAACACAUGGUUAUGGCGAGGGUCGAGGAGCUCAAUAUUAUCCCAAAGGUUAUCACUCGGUUCCCACAGCUAGUGCACCACCAGGUACAUCAGCAGCAGCCCACCACAGCAGGUCAAAUCAUCCAGAAUUGUACGCCGGUGCCUACACGGGUUCAGGAAAUAAUGUCAGGACACCAGCCUACGAGAUGAGACAUCACAAUCAUCAUAAUAAUAAAAAUAAAAACAAAAAUAUUACAAAAUAAUAAUAAAUUAUUUAAAUUUAUUUAUAAAAAUACAACAAGUUACAGCAUUCAAAUGCUAAUCAACAUCCACGAGUAUCAUCAUAGGUAAACCAGUUAAACUCGACAGUUAUUUAAUUUGAUUUAAUAUUAUCUUAUUAAUUAAUAAAAAAAAAAAUUAUAAAACAGCACAAAACAAUGAAAAACAAAACAAUUCAAAAUGUCUUUUUUGCUGAUGAUGAUAGACAUCAAUGUUAUCUUAAAAAUAUAAAUCAUUGUUUAAUAAAACUCUACGAAAUUGUCGUGAAAUUUCGAUUUAAAAAGUUGAAAAAAAUUAAUGCAAUAAUGUCUUUAAUUUCUAUAUUAUUUUAAAUUUAGUUAAAUUGUAUUAAAGUGAUGAUUAGAUUAAAUUAAUUAAAAUUGUUCACAAAAAAAAAGAAGAUUAUUUUAUUCAAGUUUAUAUUCUUGGAGAAAAUAAUUUGACUUUUAUUAUUUUUUUUUUAUUCACGACUAGAAAAUAUUGUGAUUUCGUUGAGUUGAAAAAAAUAAAAUUAUAUAAAUAAAAUUAAAUAACGUUCAAGCAUCGUUACCAAACUUUUAAGAUCAUUUUUUUUUUGAAUGAUCAUACCAGUGUAGUAUAUUGUAGUUAAAUAUUAUUAUUUUUAAUUUUAAUUAGCCAAUUUAUGCGAGAUUUAAUAUUGCGAUAAAAAAAUUAUAAAUAAAAAUAAAACAAUAAGCUAAAAAAAAUAAUAAGAAACAACUUCACAUCUCAAAUGACAAAUGAUGCUUGUCAGUAUGAUAAUUAAUAAUCAUUAUGAAUUUAAAAAAAAAAUAUUUUUAUCAGUUGUUUAUUGAACAGCUGUUAAUUUGCUUUUUGACAUGACAAUUAGAAAUUAAAAAAAAAUAAUUAUAAAUUAUAUAUUUAAAUACAACAAUGAUAACUUGUUUUUUAUCAUUAAAAUUUAUAAAUAAGAUUGUGUUGAUGCAAGGUCAUGGUGGUCAUGUUGAUGGGCCAAAGAAAAAUCUUUUUUUUUUUUUUUUUAAAUAGGUGCAAUCGAACCGAGAGGAUCGAGUUACUUUAUUUUUUUUUUUUAAUUAAUAAUUUGCGUUUUUUAAAAUAGAUAAAUAUAUAAAUAGUGUUUAUUAUUGAUAAAUAUUUAUCAUUUUAUUUAAAUUUGUAAAUAGUUUCACAUAUUCAUUGAAGUUGAUAUUUUUUUUUUUAACUUAAUUUUUCUUUUAAGUAUUUCAAGUGAAUUUAAUUCAUCAAAUGAUAUUUUUACUCAAGGCUGAUUAUAUUUUCCAUUAACUCAAUAUUAUUUAUCUUUUUUUUUGAAUUUAUUUUUCUUUUAUUUUUUACUUUUUUAUUUAAACUUUUGUGUUUAUCAGUGUCUUGCAUUUUGUAAAAUCAUUUUUAAUUUUUUGUUUAAAUAUAUACUCUAGGGUGACUAUUUUUCUAUCUUAAAAAAUAAAAAUAAAAAGCCAUAUCUUUAGAGAAAAAAAAAAACAAUUUUAAUUUGUAAUUUUUUUUCGACUCAAAUUGUUGGGCUAGACUGGUUUAUAAAAAGAUCUUGGAAAAAGUAAAAAAAAAAAAAGAAAUAAAA